AUGUUCACCGAAUCAUAUCUCUAGACGCCAUCGUUACAGAAUACACUAAUCAAUAGAACGCGUUAGUAGGUGUGUGUGUGUGAGUAGACAUAAAGAAGAAACAGGCAGCAGACUCUAAUUGAUCAUUUUCUGGGGUCAAACGAAACUCGAAAUUUCGAAACGAACAUCAACGAAUAUUUUUAAAAUAUGUUAACAACACUAUAUUUAUCGUAUGUUCAUCUCCCAAAUCUCGUUUGUUUGUAGUUAUUGAAUUAAAUUUUAUUAUUUACCUUUUGCCUAACCAGUGGAUACAAGAAUAAAGCAAUACCUUGAAAAGUACUACUUGAAGUACUCUUACAAAGUGCCCGACGAGUUCCGGGAGUUCCUUCACGAAUAAACACCUGCUUUCGAGCCUAGCGCCCAUCCUCGUAGCUUGCAAGAAGAAAGAGAGACGGUUUGAGUCCGUUCGGAUUGAGAGAGAGGGAAGCAUACCGGUAAUUGUCAGAGGAACACUGUCUGAUAACAAUGUGUUACUAACAGCCGAUACAGAUUCUCGUUCAAAAUUUUGUGAUUAAAACAAACAAACUAAAUAGACUACCUAGAAGGUCAAUUUCGAAAAUCAUCCACGAAAAAUUGGGACAGCUCACUUCGCCAUCACACAGCACAUCCACCAAGAGUUCAUUGUUGUUUGAUCAACUAAAACUUUGUCCGUCUCCUCUCACGUGGUCCCUCCAAAAACUACAAGCUCACAACGACAUCGUCACCCGAAUGAACCGCAAAAAGCAACAGCAAGCACAGAGAGCACUGAUCUGGAACGCCAAGGAAGCCUUGGAAGAUUACAUGUAAUGGUCCUUCUCAAAAAAUUUGCCAACCUGGAAGGAAUAAAACCGAUACCGAAUCGGUUAUUGUUUCUAGGGGAGCAGUUUCUUAUUUAUUGUAGUUAGUCUCGCCCGUUUGACAACAGUCUGCCUCUCAACGAACGAUUGCUGUCAAUCGUUCGAGCUUUCUGCGAAUUCAAAUUUCGAGAUGAAGUAGACACUGACGGUAAUUUGUCUUCUAUUUAUCCAGCUUUAGCACGCUACCGAAAAAAACUACUACACUCAAGGCUCAUAAGAAACGCAAAGCUCUCGAAGACGUUAUUCGAGAACUGGCAGAAUCGCAACCUCAAGUAAACACAGACAAGAACAACCACUAAAACAACAGAAUUAGCAGAAGCCAACAAUACCAACACAAGCAGAUACGCUCAUGUAAUAAUGGAACACGCUCAUACUUAGUUUUUCUCUCAAGCUUUUCAUCUCUACGCGAAUAUAGGCUGUGUUGUAACAUCAUAAAUGCCUGAACAAAAAUUCUCAUUCAUUUGCCAACUCUUCAGGCAUUUUUGUUGAACAUCAAUCACUCGAAACGGACCAUCACUUUUGUGUAAUUGGCUGCGUUUGUGAUUUUAUUGUGUCUAUUUCAUUUCAAGGUCAAUCGAACGGAAAUUUGACGUAUUUUAGCUGUUUGUUUAUCAAUAGGCACAGUACAUACGUCUAUUUCGGCCUCUCCAACCUAAAACAGUUCGAGCUGACUUGUUGUUUCCCAUCUGUAAUGAUCACUUGAAAUGUUUCGAAAACCUUUACAGAUCUUGCUUUAACAAUUUUCUUUAAAAUUUUACGCUUCACAGUAAAAAUUAAGAACAACUUAUACCGGCAGCAGCUGUACCUUCCCCACACCAGAACCUAUCACAACAUGUGCAACCCGAACAAACGGAGCAUGUACAAUGGGAAGUUUGUCUGGUUGGAUUACAAGAGCAACAGGGCUGCUUGUUAGGAAAUAUUAUGAAAAAAGCACCACCGGGGGGAGCCGCUUUGGAAAACUGACUACAAAAAAAACCAAACAAAUUUGCAUCUUCGAUGUUGGAACUGAUACUAAUGUUCAGAAAUCGAAUCUCGGGGACAAAAAGGGCAUCUAUAGCAGCGAUGUUAAUCUGGCCGCUUAAGUUGAAUGUGAAAGCAAAAUUCUCUUAAACCGAUACAAACAAACAAAAACUAGGCGAAACUUACCCUAUUAAAUCUCAACACUCUCGCCAGUGCUCCUCAGGCUUAAAAACUUUCACAAUAUAAUUUUGUCAAAUAAAAGCAAUCAGUUAAAAUAACCAUGAUUGGAAUAUAAGUUUUCGAUUCAGCCGCAAAUUUUCAGUUGCCAUUUUCUGCACGUUCCACACGUUGUUUGUAAACAAAAUUAAAACUAAAUUUGACUUUUUUUGGUUAUGUUUUUGGCUUUUCUUUUGGCUGCGUACUGCCACGCAAGUAGCGUCACCAGCGAUAUUGAAUUCCAAGCAACUUCCGAGAUAGGCAGAUCAAACUUUUAUUUGUUGGUAAAUUUCAGUUGCAAAGAAGAAAUCAAAUUAGAACUAACGGAAUUAAAAACUUGAAAUGCAUUUUGCUGCCAAAACAAUCUUAACAUAUCAAAGCGCAAAACCGAAACCAGUCUCCUGUUUACAUGUACGUUUCGAGAGGGAAAACAAAAAAUCCACCGGUUAAGAUGUUUUCGAAGAAGGAAAACCUUCGGUUCUGUUCGUUUAGUGACAAGUAAUUGUCUGUUAAUUCUGCUAAGGAUAAUUUAUCGUGCCUAUACAUUAGUUGUUUAAUGUAAGUUAAGUUGAAGCUCACUAGCAGAGACUAGAAGAUUUAUUUAGUUUUUUUUGCGAUCGUUCAACGAUUAUAUGUAUUUACACAGAAGAUUGUUUAUCUACAAAAAUAAAGAAUAUAAUCAUCAAGAAAUAGCGAGAAACAUAACCUCUCACAUUAAAUGAGUGAGGAAUUUUCCUCGAGUGGAAAUGGAUCGAAAUAUUAUAUUUACUUUGCUUAUUUACGUUGAUGUGUAUUGAAUCCAGAAAGGGAACAUUUGUAAAUAACAUUCGAGAAGAAAAUGAUCAACAAUAAAACAACCAACUAUGAAAACGGUCUUUGAACUCUACGUUUCUUUCUUCAGUAACUCAAAAUAUGUGUCCAUUGUGUUUACCGUGUACAGAUUCUUAGUGAAUGUUUCUUCUAGAGCAUGCUAAACUGCCCAGCCCCUGGUUCUUUCUCUAGCUGUAGGUGUACAGUAACAAUCGUAAGCAAGUAGUAAGGUGCUGUUGCAGUGCCAUCUCUUUCUAUCUCUCACAUUAUUCGAAGUAAAAAAAAAAGAUUUUUUUCAUAUUACCUUAAUGCGAUCUCGAUUCAAACAUGUGCCUUCAAUUCGCCGGGAUACACUCCCUGAUACAAACGAUGAAAUCAACUCCACAAACCAACCUCCUGUUUAACCACUAUUAAAAUGAGAUUAAAUCCAGUCCGACCAACGCGCAAGUUCAACAACCCGAAGCUAUACGACGACCCGACCGAUCCCAAGCUGCAGGACAAGCGGGAAAAAUGCGACAAGGUCGCGGAGCUGAACAAGCAUCGGUUCGAACCGGUCAAUCUGGAAAAAGAACGCCGUAAGAUGCUCGAGGAUGCCCAGAAGAAGGAGGAGGAAUCGAUCGCUCGGGAAAAGCAGCGUCAGGAGGAGAAGGCUCGCCAGGAAGAGGAAGCUCGCCUUGCUGCCGAAGAGGCCGAACGCAAACGCAAGGAGGAGGAACGGCUAGCCGAGGAAGCACGCAUCGCCGAGGAGGCACGGCUUGCCGAGGAAGCGCGGCUAGCCGAGGAAGCCCGCCUGGAAGAGGAAGCCCGACAGGCUGCAGAGAAAAAGAAGAAGGCUGCCGAGAAGAAGAAAAAGGCCGAGGAGGAGAAACGCAAACAGGAAGAGGAGGAACGCAAACGCAAGGAGGAAGAAGAACGCCAACGAAAAGCGGAGCAGGAACGCAAACGAAAGGCCGAAGAAGAAAAGAAACGAUUGGAGGAAGAGGAGCGCAAACGAAAGGAAGAGGAGGAAAAGAAGAGGUUGGAAGAGGAAGAGCGUAAACGAAAGGAAGAGGAAGAAAAGAAGCGAUUGGAGGAAGAGCGCCUGGCUGAGGAGGCCCGUUUGGCGGAGGAGGCUCGCCUGGCCGACGAAGCCCGCCAGGCCGAGGAGAAAAAGCGCAAUGAGGAAGAGGGUACGCGCAUCACCGAGGCGCAGAAGAUCCGCGAAGACGAACUGGCUCGGUUGAACGAACUGGAGAAGCAAGCCAUCGAAGAGAACAACGAGGAGUUGUUCCGCGAGAUUGCGGAACUGAAGCGCAUCGCCGAAUCGGACGAGGAACUGUUGAAGCGACAGGCCGCCAAGCUGGAAGAAGGGGCCCCCGAGGCUGCCCCAGCUGAACCAGCCGCCGUUGAAGAACAAGCCGCUGCUCCAGCGGUUGAAGAGCCUGUAGCCGCCCCUGCCGAAGAACCAGCAGCCGAAGUUGUUGCCGAAGAGAGCAAGACUGAGGAGAGUCCUGCUUCCGAACAGUAAACUCUAACCAAUAAAAAACAAGUAUUCGUUUAAGAUCGUUAGAGUUAAUCGAUGUGUUCAAGAAGCUGUCAAUGAGAGUUGUUAAUUUGUUAUUGUUAUACACAUUACAUAUACUACAGGAUCCAAUGGAAAUUAUAAUUCGAUUUAUGCUGUUGAAAGACACAAACGAUAUAUUGGAAUCGAACGCCGACUAAACUAAGAGUGUGUGCAAUUUGGAACCGCUACCUUAGUAACUCUAGACAUUCGUAAGAAUCCGCGAAGAAAGCGUGUGCGGUUGGCCGGCGAGAUCUCGGCAGUACGACACAUCACUAAGGGUAUAGACUUGGGCGUCUAUAUGAAUGACCUUCGGUAGAUCGUACGGAGAAUCCGAGAGCUCGGAAGCGGCAAACGGCCUCAACCCGGUGCUUCUUAUUGUAUUCUUCUCUAGUGCAUUUCUCUAUCUCGCUAUAACUCGAACUCCCUAGCUGAAAGCUUCCUGCGAAAAAAAAACUAAAAACUAGUAACAACAGCGGUUGUUCUAUCGGUAGGAUUUAUUACUUUUAAUUUUACGAGUUAAUUAGAUACAAAGAACAACAACGUCUGUUAAGUUUGUAAAUUAAAAAUAAAAUCUCAAUAAACGAACCUUAAAAUUA